AUGAUUACACGGGUUAUAAAAGGUCAAAAGCAGCUACUCGAUCUGCACCGCAUCUCCAGCCCGCAUCUCAAGCAUACACCCACGGCAUUCAAGAUGAUGAAGCAGCCAACCAGCGAGCCAUACUAUGACCUUGGUACCUAUGAAUGGGAAAUCAGCACGCAGAAUUCAGAGGCCCAGGAAUGGUUUAAUCGCGGACUGAACUGGACUUAUGCCUUCAACCAUGAAGAAGCAUGUUAUUGCUUCCGACAAGCCAUUGCUCACGAUCCAGAGUGUGCAAUGGCUCACUGGGGUCUCGCAUUCGCCGCGGGCCCCAACUACAACAAAAGCUGGGCAGUGUUCAGUACCGAAGACCUCAAGAAGGUGGUCACCCAAUGCAACUCCGACGCACAGGUAGCUCUGGAAAAGUCAUCAAUGGCAACACCAAUGGAGAAAGCGGUCAUCCAGGCACUACAAAAACGCUACUUGAUCGAGGAAGUUAUGACGAACUUUCCCAAGUCAAACAAGGCUUACGCUGAAGCGAUGAGGGAGGUGUAUCGUGAGUUUGGUCACGACGAUCUAGACAUCACCACGCUCUUUGCCGAUGCGCUCAUGACAUGGACUCCAAGAGACUUUUUUGACAAGAAGACGGGAAAGCUUGUUACAUCGUCAUCUGUGCUCGAGGUCAAGGGUGUUUUGGAAACUGGUCUGAAGCACGCCGAAGUUUCUCGCCAUCCAGGUGUCCCGCACAUGUACAUCCAUCUUAUGGAGAUGUCAGACACGCCCGAGAAAGCACUUGCAGCCGCCGACAUCAUCCGUGAUCUGGUUCCAGACGCCGGUCACAUGUCGCAUAUGCCUUGCCAUAUCGAUGUCCUCGUGGGUGAGUACCGUCGCGCUAUCCUGUAUAACCACAUAGCAACUGUCGCCGACGAUAAGUUCUUUGUCAAGCAAGGCGGUCUGAACUUCUACAGUUUCUACAGGCUUCAUAACUAUCAUUCCUUGAUUUAUGCCGCGAUGUUGGCAGGUCAGUCCCAGGUUGCGUUGGAGUCCUGCGACCGCAUGGAAGCUACGGUCACAGAAGAGAUGUUGAGAGUCAAAUCGCCGCCUAUGGCUGAUUGGCUGGAGUUCUUCCUGGCUGUCAGAGUCCAUGUACUGAUUCGAUUUGGGAUAUGGGAUGAGCUCAAGAAGCUGCAAAUACCAGACGAUAAGGAUUUGUAUUGCGUUACCAUUGCUAUGCGGCACUAUGGCAUGGGCGUCGCAUACGCUGCGACAAACGACUUGGACAACGCAGACACCCAGCGUGAGCUAUUCCAUAUGGCUUCGAAAUGUGUGCCAGAAAGCCGCUUGGAUUUUCCGAACCGCAUUGUGGAUGUACUCAAAGUGGCCAGUUCCAUGUUAGACGGCGAGAUAGAAUACCGGAGACAGAACUAUGAUGUCGCAUUUUUCUCAAUCCGGGAAGCUAUAAAGCAUGAAGACAAUCUGAUAUAUACUGAGCCUUGGGGUUGGAUGCUACCGGCAAGACAUCCAUAUGGCGCUCUAUCACUUGAGCAGGGCCUGGUAGAGCAAGCAGCACGAGCCUACGCAGAAGAUCUUGGACUAGAAGGACGUCUGACGCGUGCGCAUCAACAUCCCAAGAACGUCUGGGCGUUGCACGGAUACCACGAGUGUCUUGUCCGACUCGGUCGGUCGAAGGAUGCUUCCAACGUCAAGAGACAGCUCACUCUAGCCAUGGCCGAAGCCGACGUAUCUGUAGCGUCAUCUUGUUUCUGCAGGAUUGGCGAGGUAAAUGCAUGA